UUGCACAAGAACAUGGAUGAAAACAAGCAUGAUCAAGCAGCAAAAGAAGGACGUGGGAAGAGCAAAGUUCAAUCUGAACCCAAGGUGGAACCUCCUACCAGUCCUCCAGCUCUCACCAUUGGUCCCUCUGCCUCUUCAUCCAACCCACAGACAGCAAAAGAAUCAUUGGAGCAGCAACUCAGUAAGUUCUGGGCAAAACAGCGUCAGGAAGUUGAGGAGACCAGUGAGUCCAAGAAUCACUGCUUGCCAUUGGCUAGGAUCAAGAGGAUAAUGAAGUCUGAUGAGGAUGUGAGAAUGGUAUCAGCUGAGGCUCCUGUGCUGUUGGCCAAGGCUUGUGAGAUGUUCAUCAUGGAGCUCACAAUGAGGGCAUGGGGUAAUGUUGAGGAGAACAAGAGGAGGACACUUAGUAAGAAUGACAUUGCAGCUGCAAUGUCAAAGACUGACAUGUAUGAUUUUCUUGUUGAUAUUGUCCCCAGAGAAGACACAAGGGGUCCUCAAGUGUUUCCAGGUAUACCAGGAACACCCAUUCCUCCGACUCUGUCUCAGAUUCUUCCUAACUGUCCUGUGCCACCUCAUAAUCAACAUGAUGCUGCAGGUCCACAGUCUGGUGCUCCAACAAUGCUCAUGGGAGUGCCCCUUCUUGAUCCAACUGAUCCUCAGCAGCUGCAAGACCAGCCUUCUCCAACUCCAGUGUUGCCCAAACCCGAAGAAGAGAACAACCCUUCUCCUGAUUCAGAUGACUGAGCAGAUAAAAGUUAAUCACUG